AUGGCCUCGAUCCAGAACAUCCCACCGCCCUCGCCCAGAAAGCAGCGGAUCAGAAAGGCCAAGCGGGCCCCCAGAGACGCCAUGGAGUGGACCAAGAAGCAAUACAACCAGCAGUACGACCGCUGGGUCCCGUGGCUCGAGGACCAGUACCUCAGAUACUUCACCAAGGACAACAAGGCCAGCUACACCACCAAGGACCAACUCUCCAAAACCAAAAUCACCGGCGACUCCCGCGUCGACCAGCUGCAGGACGACGCGUCGGGCGCCGCGGCCGGCCAGCUCGGCCAGGGCGGCCUCGCGCAGCCCGUCGGCGACCUCGUCAGCAAGGAGGCCGUCAACCGCGCCGAGCGCGGCGGCAAGGACGACCAGGGCGGUUACGUCCCUACUGCCGUCGACGCUCCGGCUGCGACGACCACCACGCCCGCUGGGGACGUCCCGGUGUCGCAGCAGGCGUUGGAUAAGAGCGUGGGGUCGGUGGCGGAGGGCGCGAAGAGCGUGGUGGGGAGUGUGGGACAGGGCGGCGGGGAUGAUGCGGCGGGGAAGGCGGGUGGUGGUGGUGGUGGUGGGUAUUUUGGGGGGUGGCUUGGUGGGGGGAAGAAGUGA